UAUUGAAUUAAGUUAAUUAACAAUAACAUAUGUUAAUUAUUUAACAAUAACAAUAUGUAUGUUUUUGUCUGUGAGAUAUAUAUUAUUAACUGUUCCAGGUAAAACAAAGUAUUUCUUUAAGCAAAUGCAGGGACAUGUCCCUAUCCCCUCUUUUGGUUCUACAUUCACUGUUAGUGUGUGGUCCAGACACUGUGUUUUGGGGCCAAAAUAUUAUAAAAGUAGAGAGUCUGGUGUACCUGAGCACUUGGAAGACCACAUGACUCCUCGGAAGAGAUUGAAGAUCAUGGAUACAAGGAAAAGCAAUUGUCCACCUACUUUAAACAUGAAAUGUAUAAGGGUGUAUCCUGACUUCAUUAUGCAGUCAAUACCUGAAAACAGGGAUACCAAGGCAAAAGUUGAAAAUGCAAGAUCCAUUCAUGAAGCACUAGACAUUUUCAAGGACUGGAACAAGGAUUGGAAUCCCCUCUAUUGGGUUACUGAUUUCUUGGAGUCUGAGAUAAAGGCAAUGAAACAAGCAUUCCCAAAGACAAAAGUUUACUUGUGCCUUUUCCAUCAGAAACAGACAUGGGGAAGAUGGUUGGAAAAAAAAGAUAAUCUGCAUGUACCAAAUGACAUGAAGGCAUUUCUGGAUAUAUGGCAAGAAAUUUCAGAAUCACCAACACAGAGAGAAUUUAGAAUUCGUGUUUAAGUGUUGUGAAUGCAUGAGGUUUGUCAGAGAAAUGAGUAUGCACAGCUAUACUUUAAACAGCAAUGGCUAUCAGUAUGUGAAAGAUGGGUGAAAGCAUAUGAGGACAAGGGCAGAUUUGCUACCAUUGACACUACAAAUGGAGUUGAAGCCAUGAACAAGGUUGUAAAUCAUUUUUUCCUAAAACACAAUGUAGACAGGACUUUAA